UCCGAAAAUUUUCAACAUUUCAAUCCUUGCUUCGGAAUCCCAGUGAAGUACCUGACCCAAUAGAUGUGUGGCGGGCCGGGUUACGCAAAAAGCCCCAUUGCAAAACCUAGCUCCGUGGAUAUGAAUAGGCUUCAACGUGGACAGGGUGGCAAAAGAUCUGAAGGGAAACCCGUUUUCGACUUUGCUUGUAAGGGAAAACAAGAGAAAAAUAGAGAAUAAUAGGCGUGUAGGGGAGAAACUGCGAAAGCCGGCGUCGCAAUUUUUGGCGUCAAACAUAGAUUAGUAAAAGAAUCGAUCAAAUUAUUUGGAGUACGCUUGCUGAAUCGAAUGGCCGCAUUUGCGGCUUGUAGGUACGCCGGGAAAAUUGGGAAGGUUUCAGGAAUCGGGACUGCUCUCUACAAAUUCAAAGCAUUUAGUGUUGAGGGGAAAUCGAAUACCACUUCUACGAUCCAGUUCUUAGCUUCGUUAUCUUCUUUUUCUUCGCCUUCUGGAUAUUGCAGAAGAUCUGAUUAUAGGCCGUUUUCUCAGUUCGUGAAGUCUAAUGGAGGGCGAUUAUUCCUAGUUGACACAUUGGCUCUGGUUAGGAAAUUAGAAGCUCAGGGCAUACCGUCAAAACAUGCUGAGGCCAUAACAUCUACCAUAACUGAAGUCUUGAAUGACAGUUUGGAGAAUGUGGCUCAGUCCUUGGUUUCUAAGGGCGAAAUACAGAAAAUUGAAAUGACUCAAGAAUCCAAUUUGUCCAAAUUCAAAUCUGAAGUUGAAAGCUCUCAGGGACAUCAUUUUUCUCUCUUGCAACAUGAAACUGAGAAACUUCGAAGUGAUAUAGAAAAGAUGCGUAGUGAACUAAGGUAUGAAAUUGACAAAGUCACUGCUGGACUACGUUUAGAUUUGAAUCUUGAAAGGGGGAGGAUACGAGAUGAGUUAGCAAAUCAGAAUGCAGAAACCACUAGCCUCACUAACAAACUAGAUCGGGAAAUUCAUGCACUAAGGGCUCAGUUAGAAGCUGCAAAGUACGAUGUGAUAAAAUACUGCAUAGGUACCCUUGUUUCUAUUUCAGCUGUGGGUCUUGCUGUGAUUCGCAUCUUGAUGUAAGGAGUUUAGCAAAUCAUGUCAUUAUAUAUAUAUAUGGUAUUGAUUUUUUAGGGCAUUGCAAAAGGGGUAUGACGAUCAACCUUGAAUUUUUUUUAUUUCUUUUUAUUGGUCUUGUUCUUUUCUUAUUUGCUAUUAUUGUAAACUGGAAAAGAAAAGAACACAUUUGCCACCGUUUUUAAUGUGGCUGAAGGGCGUAUGAUUAUCAAACCUAACAUUUUCUUGUUUCUUGUGUUAGUCUUGUUCUUUUUCUUA